AUGACUUCUUGGUGGCAGCGGAAGCUCUUCCAGUACACCGUCUCUCGCCUCGGCUUGUUUGAAGAUGGUGCCUUCAACUUCGAUGACCUUAACCUCUCGUGGGGCCGCAGAAGCACGAUACACCUUCGCAACCUCCCAUUCAACACGCAAAGGCUCAGCCAACUACUUCAGCUACCAUCAACUCUGCGUGUAGAGACUGCGAAGCUACUCUCCCUCCGAUUGAGUGUACCGGUCAACCUGAGUGGCAUCGAGGUCGAAGCAGAUGGAGUUGAGAUCGUGGUCAGGCUACUGCGAGAUGAUGAGGUCGGCAAGGAAGGUCAAGGGAAACCCGGUGCUCCUACAAGUGGCCGUGGUCCACAGCACAGAAAGGCACACAGACGAUUAAGCUCACCUAGACGCCCAGGAGCCCUGUUUGAUGAGGAUGAAGACCAUGUCCAUAUACCAACUGCUGAGGAGCUGGCCAAAUCAUUCCUGUUAGAAGAGCCAAUAUAUGAGAGACAAAAGCUCGAGGCUUCGCUGGCGGCUGACCACAAGUUCGUAGACGAAUCCAUCGUUAGUGAAAGCAGUGAUAGUGAUGAUGCUCUUGGUACUGGCACUGGAGUCCCUGACAUACUUGCUGGAUGGAUACAGACUAUCGUGGACCAGGCACAGGUGCAUAUCGGGAACGUAGAGAUCAAGUUUGAGGCAGAUAUGGCAGGAGAUGCCUCUGGGCCUAUUCCAGUCACCUUGCGCCUGACUCUGGCCGAGGCAGACGUUCCACCUGUUGAUACGACUUCGGGUGGCGAUCUCAGGCUGGGCAACCGCAACAUUGUGCUUCAUGACAUUGCGCUGGACUUGCUCUCAAAAAGUGAAGCCUUCACUACUCUAUCGCAAGUCAUUCCACCUAGCUCUCCAUCGAGUAGUAAGCGUGCUGCCAAUACCGCUGCGAAACUGGCGGACUCUGGAUCUGUAGCAGCAAGUCGCAUGCAUGAAACGAACCAACGUGAUGGUCCAUCCCCAGCGAGCCAAGAGCAAGACGUUAUGCAGCGAUCUCAGCACUUGCGGCAGCAUGAACCUGAGGACGACAUGUCUGAGCAGCUAAUAAGCACGAGCGCCCAUGAUAUCUCGACAUCAGAUCUCGAGAUUCAGCCGGGCGAUGAUAACAUUAGCUGGGGCUCAAGGCGAAGCAAGAGUACGGGGCCUGCCGAAGACUUAUGGAGCUCCACGACAAUCGAAGAUGAUCUACCAGCAUCACUAUUACUGGACCGCGCGAGCACACCGCGAGCAUCGUCCUCUAGAAGCGAGAGUCCAGCAGUGUCUCGCACACGGAGAGCAGUCUCGCCAUAUGAUCGUGUCUUGGAAAGUCCAGGAUCAUGGCCACGACCAAACGAAAGUCCAGAACGAACAAGGUCACAUCGUAGUCCCGGUUCGUGGCCCUCACCUGAUACCCGGCAACACGAUAUGUUCCAAUCUCUGACCCCGGGCCCUGCUCCGGACGACGACAAUCCAAUGGACAACAAACGUGUCGCUCUGCAAGCUUCUCAACUUGUGGAAACAUACGGUCGUCAAGACGUGAGUGAUGCUAGCGAUGACGAUCUUGAUGAAAUGGCACAGUCUCGAAUGUACAGUCAUGAAGAAGCGGAGAGCCUGUACAUGAGCGCGAUGACGCAAGGGCCCAGCCAUGCCAUACCUGGUGGCCGAGAAGCCGCAACGGCUAUAAAGCACCCCAUGAUGUCCUCAUAUGUCGAUUCGCGAGGCGGCCUUGACCAUUCGGUGUUUGGCGAAGGUACAAAGCGACUCGCUAAAGGCUUGGACGAGACUCUUGGAAGCGCAACCCCACGCGCGCAAUCUCCUGCCCAGCCUACAACUCUCUCGCAAUCCAACCAUAGACAGUCCGUACGGAUCGUCAGCAUCGACGAGAUAUCAGUAUGGCUGUGCCUACACAUGCAAUCCACCACAUCAGAUGCGGCGUCUACUCAGCCCAUCUUCCAACCGCUUCGAGGCACAGAACCUGAAAGUCAUAUGCCAGGCGCCUUCUCGACCUAUUCUGACCUGGCAGCAUCACGCCAGCCGACAAGCUCGUCGGGUAUGACGCGCAGCAAAGAUAUCCGGGGAAAGCCGCGCGAGCAGAGCACUGCCGCCGAGAAUAAAGGGGUGGAAAUUGCAUUUGGCAAGAUCACAGUCUCCAUCGAUGCUGCAAGCUGUCGUCUGCUGUCGAGUCUCGUCACUCCUACUCUGCGAGCAGUCGGAGACUCGUCUAAGCAAAAAGCAUCAGUAUCUAUCAAGACGACUGCAGUGCCUGCUACACAAACCCUAAUAACAGUAUCAAUCCGAAAGUUCCAGCUCUCGAUUAUGGAACAGCUGCACGAAGUGACCAGCUCGAGAUCGGAUGUAGGUCUGCUCACCUUCGAAUGCCGCAAUGUGCUUGGUGGCCAUAGCAUGAACAGGUCCAAUCUCAGAAUCGAGUCAGUAAAAGCUUGGGUCAGUGGUAGUGAGCUUUUGACUUUCGACCAUCACGGCGCUGCAGAUGCCUCGACAGUGCUCUCUGACACCACCUAUGCUAUUGACCUCCACAGAUCGAGUGACAAAGUGACUCUCCAAGGUCAGUCGGUGCAUGAGUUGACCUUCGAUACUCUUCCUAUCAAGCUUGAUAUUGAUCUGAGUGCGCUUGACGAUACACUUGGCUCAUUCGGCGGCUUGAGUGGUAUCCUUGAGCUUAGCAGCUCUUUUCUCCCGGACGGCACACAUCCCGCCCCACCGAAGACAGUCAAGAAGCCGUCAAAAGGUGUACGCUUCGUUAGUGAUGCUCAGCCAGCAAAAGCUGGACCAGAAUUCAAGAUCAAUGGACGCUUUGGUGGUGCUCAUCUCACAGUCUACGGCGAAAGCUGUGCCGUCAAGCUGCAGACCAGGAGUAUCAAAGUGGUUCAUCGCGCUGUUGGUACAAGUGUGAGCGCAAGUCAGGUACUGCUCAAAGGCCCGUACCUGGGAAACACGACCAGCGCAUCGAUCUCUAUUAACCUUGAGGCCAUCCGCCUAGAAUACCUCAUCACACCUGGCGACAAAGAUCUGGAGAAACUACUGGCUCUAUUGACACCGUCGAAGGACAAAUACGACAACGCCGAUGAUAUCUUGCUUGACACACUCUUACGACAGAGGCAGAAAGGCUCUCUGCUGCGAGCUUCGAUUGGUGAUGUCAAGGUCAGGGUUGAUGAUUUGGAUUGCGUCGACAAUCUGACAGGCCUAGCCAACGAGCUCGCAAAGCUGUCAGCGGUUGCGAAAUAUCUACCAGAGGACGAUAGACCUGGAAUACUGAGUAUGCUGGAUAUCAAACAAGUCAACGCAAUGCUCCCUGUCAUCGAUAGCUUUGGGAAAGUUCGGCUGCAGCUCCAAGAAGUUCGCUGCGCCCACGUUGGACUGCCGGCUCUGCUAGCACUGUCUAUUGGAGGUCUGGAAGCUGCACGAGAGAGCACGGGUACUCAACUGGUACACGCUAUGCUGCCGCUCACUGGCGCGGAUCAUCUGCCGAUGAUCAUGGCUCGUAUGCUCGGUGAUGAAGCUGAACCAACUGUAAAAGUGAAGCUCUACAACUUGUGUCUGGAAUACGAUGUCGCUACUAUGAGUGCACUGAUUGGACACUCGGAAGCAGAUGCCGAAGGUCUGGGCAGAGACCUUAUAGAGUCUAUUACAGACCUCGCCACAACUCACCUCGGACAGACCGAAGCUGGACCUAGUAGUCCAGCGAAGUCGGCGACGGUCAAGCCUAUCAAUGUCGAGCUGCUCAUGCACGACUCUGGAGUCGGCCUGAAGCCCGUGAAGGGCUCUGCGAAGGGUCUUCUAAUCCUCACAGAUGCCAAGGCAUCCACUUUAGUACCACCAGGUGAAAGGCUCACAGCUUCUCUCGAGCUACGCAAGGCUGCACUAUUCGUGACUGACAAGCACUCCGAUGCAAGCACUCAGGAUUCAGCACAAUCUAAUAGCAAGUCGAGCAAUACAGCAACAAAUGCACGCGUCUCAUCUGUCUUAUCUGACCAAGGCUAUGCUUCCGUGGCGUCUCUCAUGACCGCAAGGCUAGCAGCGAGCGUCAGCGACAGCACAGAAGAAAGUGCAAAGGCUGUCGAAGUGGAGAUCAGCAGUGAGCUCCUACUGUUGGAGACAUGUGCAGACUCCACGCAGACACUGUUUGCGAUAUUAGGUGGCCUAGCUCCACCGUCACUACCUAGCAAGGCCCAAAAGUACCUGACGCAGCCGAUGACCAUCGAAGACAUGAUGGCUUCAUUCACUGGCGAAGCAGUCACAAAGCCAAGUACAGCGCCAUCCACACUAUUCGAUGUUGAUGAGGAACAAGACGACGAUGCAGAAACUCUCCUUGGCAGGUCUGCGCUUGAUGACGGAGCUGACGAUCUGCUAAUGGAGUCAGAGAUGGCGUCCAGUCUGUACGGUCGGGUCAGCGGCAUCCUCGACGGCAAUGAUGGGCCUGAUGGUGAGUCCGAGGAGGCCUUCCCGGAGACAGUUGAGAGUCUGCUCGAGGAUGAUCCAUUCGAAAUGUCGCUCUCACCGACAGAUAUGCCUAUGAGCGACAGCGCUCUGGUGCGAGAUCUUGCGAAACAAUGCAAGCCGAUUGCUCACGCGAGACCAGCCACUUUGGGCCUUACCGAGAUAGACGAUCUUGGAUAUGAGGUCCUUGGCAUUCAGGUACAAGCAUUGGGCUCACGCCACAGAUUCAAUCAACCGUUUGUAGGAGACAAGACCACGUCUCGUCAAACUCAAGGUAUAUUGCCGUUUCGACUGAAGGUGCGGGAUACGCAUAUCAUCUGGAAUCUGUACGAUGGCUACGACUGGCAGCGAACAAGGGACGGCAUCACGGAGGCUGUGGAGCAAGUCGAGGCUCGCGCAGAGCAGCGCGUUGCUCGCAGGAGGCGGUCCCACACCGUGGAGGAGGAGGAUGAGUCAGUGAUUGGUGACUUCUUGUUCAACUCGAUCUACGUUGGCGUACCCAAUACGCAGGAUGCACAGGAGCUGCGCAGACAGAUCAACCGUGGCAUCGACGACCUGGUCAGCGAGACGGAGAGUAUACCAGUCUCUGGCCUGUCUCGGCCAACAGCAUAUUCAGCUUCUGGUCGGCCUCUACGACCACAGCAGCGGAAACAAAAGCUCAGGCUAGAACGCAGUAGGACGCAUAAGGUCGCAUUUGAGCUCAAAGGUCUGUCUGCAGAUGUUGUCGUCUUUCCGGCUGGGGAGAAAGAGCUUGUCAACGCUAUUGACUUGCGCAUCCGAGAUGUUGAAAUCUUCGACAACUUGCCGACCUCGACAUGGCGCAAGUUCUUGACCUGCUUGGAGAACGACAGCAACACCCGUGAGAUGGCAAAGCCAAUGGCACAUAUCGAGGUACAGACAGUUAGGACUAUUCAGGACUUCGAUGCUUCGGAGCUAAAGAUCCACGUGUCACUCCUGCCACUCAGGCUGCAUGUCGAUCAGGAUGCUCUCGACUUCGUAGCAAGAUUCUUCGAAUUCAAAGACGAUAAAGCGGCGCCACCGCCAGAUCCGAAUGACCAGCCCUUCAUCCAACGACUUGAAAUCGAGACUGUCGAUCUUCAGCUAGACUAUAAGCCAAAGCGCAUCGACUAUGGUGGCUUGCGUUCUGGCCACACGACCGAGCUUAUGAACAUCAUCACGCUCGAUGCUGCCAACAUAAGUCUCAAGCACGCCAUCGUCUACGGCAUCAAAGGUUUCGAGCCGAUCCACAAAACCUUGAAUGACAUCUGGAUGCCGGAUGUUAAACGUAAUCAGCUGCCAACAGUCCUCGCAGGCUUAGCACCAGUCCGCAGUCUAGUCAACAUCGGCAGCGGUGUACGAGACGUCAUCGCCAUCCCAAUCCGUGAGUAUCGCAAGGACGGACGUAUUGUUAGGAGCAUACAGAAAGGAGCGUUACACUUCGGCAAGACCACGACCUCAGAGCUCGCACGGCUUGGUGCGAAACUUGCCAUCGGCACACAGACAAUCUUGCAGAAUGCAGAGGGCAUGCUAUCACCUGCAUCGGCAUCGCCAUCUGGAAGACCUGACAUGGCUCGUCGUAUCUCUUCCGAGCAGGGCUGGCAUGACGUGGGUGACGAAGAGGGCGAUCACGAGCAAAGAAAGAUUUCAGCCUACGCGGAUCAGCCUAUCGGUGUUUUGUCUGGCUUGCGCUCGGCACGAUUGCACCUAGAGCGCGAUCUACUAACUGCUCGCGAUGCUUUCAUCGCAGUACAGGGCGAGCUCAUGGAGAGUGGGAGUCCUGGUGCCGCUGCGGCAGCGGUGGCUCGGCAUGCACCAACUGUCAUCUUGAGACCCGUGAUUGGCGCUACUCGAGCUGUUGGAACGACUCUGCUUGGUGUUGGAAACCAGAUCGAUCGACAGAACAUGAAGCGGAUGGAGAAUAAAUAUAAGCGUCGCUGA